UGCAUGUUUACCAAGCCGCAGCUCCAGGUGCCCGAGGACUUGGAAGAAGUGAGAGGCAGAGUUAAUGAGGUGAGAAGGAAAGCAGAAGGGAAAGAGCAAAACACAUUUUGUUGUAACAGAUCAGCCCGAAACAUCUGCAGGGCACGGGCACCUGCGUUAACGGGGAAGUGCAGUUUUUCUAAUUCGUCUCCUCUGCAGAAAAAAAGGGGGAAAAACACUCCGGAGAGAAGGAAGGGAGAAAUGAAGAGCUGAAGAUUCAGGCUCACCUAAAAGAUUUAUCUUUUUUUUUUUCUUCUUCUUCUUAUUCACGAGCACUUGAAACCUUUUGGAGAGGGGGGGGAAAAAAAAGUGAAACAGCGCACGAAGCCUUGCCAUACGCAGGGUUAAAUGGAAACACACAAUCAGACCAUAACUCGGUGUAAUUCAAGCCAUACGUUUUGUCUGUCUGUUGACUCGCAAGGUUGUGCAUCUCCAAGCAGGGGCGAGACCCGCACUGAAGGAAAUACGCCGCGCAGAAAAUUCGCAAGACUCCCCUUUUUUUUUUCCCUCGGAGAAGCUGAUUUCCUUCUGAAAGUGGGAGACGGUGGGGGAAAAUGAAGCCGAGCCCGCAGUUUUUGUUAGCUGGUUUUCUGUCUUUGGUUCUGCAGACGGGGAUUUGCUCUGGGAUAAAAUGGAUAGCUCUGUCCAAGACUCCUUCGGCUUUGGCCCUGAAUCAAACCCAGCACUGCAAGCAGCUUGAAGGCCUGGUGGUUUCCCAGGUGCAGCUCUGCCGCAGCAACCUGGAGCUGAUGCAGACCAUCAUCCAGGCGGCCCGGGAAGUGAUAAAGACCUGUCGUAAAACUUUCUCAGACAUGCGGUGGAACUGCUCAUCCAUUGAGCUGGCUCCGAACUACCUGCUGGACUUAGAGAGAGGCACAAGGGAGUCAGCCUUUGUGUAUGCCCUUUCUGCUGCUGCCAUCAGUCACACCAUUGCCAGAGCCUGCACCACCGGGGACCUCCCUGGCUGUUCCUGUGGUCCCAUCCCAGGUGAGACACCUGGACCUGGGUAUCGAUGGGGAGGAUGUGCAGACAACCUCAACUAUGGUCUUAUCAUGGGGUCCAAAUUUUCAGAUGCUCCCAUGAAGAUGAAAAAAUCAGGAUCACAAGCCAAUAAACUGAUGCAUCUGCACAACAGUGAAGUAGGGAGACAGGUCUUAAAAGCCUCUCUUGAAAUGAAAUGUAAGUGCCAUGGAGUUUCUGGGUCAUGCUCUAUCAAGACCUGUUGGAAGGGCCUCCAAGAGCUGCGAGACAUUGCAUUGGACCUCAAAAACAAGUAUUUGUCGGCCACCAAGGUUGUUCACCGGCCCAUGGGCACACGCAAAUACCUCGUGCCAAAGGAUAUUGAUAUCAGGCCGGUUAAAGAGACAGAGCUGAUUUACCUACAGAGCUCGCCUGAUUUCUGCAUGAAGAACGAGAAAGUGGGGUCGCACGGGACCCAGGACAGGCAAUGCAACAAGACCUCCAACGGGAGCGACAGCUGUGACCUGAUGUGCUGCGGCAGAGGCUACAACCCCUACAUGGACAAAGUGGUGGAGCGGUGCCACUGCAAAUACCACUGGUGCUGCUACGUGACCUGUAAAAAGUGCGAGAGGACUGUCGAGAGAUACGUGUGCAAGUGAAAGCCCCUCGCUCCGCCCGGGAGCUGAGACGCCAGCGGCACCCCAGCACUAUUCAGAGAAGAGAAAACAUUUCCCUGACUAGGCGUCGUUCAUCUUGUAAAGACACGGACUUGAAGACAGAUGGUAGGAGGACAAAAAAAUAAGCAAUCAUGCCACGUAAAAAUGAGACCCCUAAAAAAUGUAAAAAAUGGAAGGCUUUCCCCCACCAAUAAAAUGCUCUCUGAGAAGACGAAAA